AUGGAAGUAGAGGAGCGUGCAGUAGCUCCGAAUAGACUCGAGGCAGUCCGAAUCCUCAAGGCCGCGGCCGCGGCUGUGACGCCCAACUACGGGACCGGAGGUCACAAGGCACGGAGGAGCGUCGGCGAGCAUCAUCGUAGGGUGCGAUACCACCCACGAGAUCUGGCCGAGGACGGCGAGCAAGGAGGGCUAGAAGAGCGUGCAGCGACUCCGAAUGAGCUCGAGGCUGUUCGGAUCCUCAAGGCGGCGGCGGCGGCCGUUACGCCAGAUUACGGAAGAGGUGGCCACCAGGCCAGGGACGAGCCCGCAGAAAGUGCCAGUACUGAGCUUCCUGCGAAGCCCAAGAAGAAGAAGAAGAGAUCUGCAGGCACUUGUGCCAAGAAGAACUCCAGCUCGACUAGCACUUCCGUUGUCACUUCCUCUACCUCUAAGAAGUCUACUAGCACUACGACCACUACCUCUACCAAGGCCACUAGCACUUCGAAAGCGAGCUCGAGCAAAGCUACCAGCACCACAGCGACGAACUCUACCAAGACUGCUACCACUACGACUGCUUCGUCGACUGCUACAGCCACUUGCGGCUCGUCCUCCUACGGCUACACGCAGGCCCGGGCCGAUCUGAACAAGAUCAUGAAGUGGGCAUAUGUCACCGACAUACAGACUGAGGCACAAAAGGUGGAGACGACCUACGCCGUGCUGUCCGCAGCCAAUCGCUACUACCCGGAAUUGGCAACACAGGACGCCGUGAGGUACCUGCUAGCCGAUAUCAAUGCCGAGUCUAGCUUCAAUGUGACUUCGUACAGCGGUGGUCGUCUGGACUCUGGUGCCUCCCUUGGUCUGCUGCAGGUGUCGCCAGGGUCUGGUUCGCAGCUUCUGCCCCUCUUUGUUGGUCAUGCCCGAGUCUCGUACAACAACUACUCUUGGAGCGAUACAGUAGGGCCCUGUGGCGCCCUUCUAGACUACGCCACUGGCAAGCAGUUGUCGCUGGCAGGUCUGACCACCGAUGACCUCUACCGACCCUGGGUCAACAUCCAUGUCGCCGCCUGGGUGCAGUCGAAUUUGGCCCGCACGUCAUCUGCUGAUCCUUAUGACUGGGAGCAGACUAGCGACGAUGCCUACACUUUCAUUGCAGCCCAAGCGAAGUACAAUGCCGCAGUCGCUGCGGGCACCUCUAGCUCUUCGCUAUUGACCGCCAUGAACAAGGCCAACAAGACGCUCACGGCCGACCUUGUCGGUGCUGGUCUGCCUCGUUCCUUGCUCACGGGAGCUGGUUCCUGGGUAGCAGGUCCCGCUACGGACGGUGAUGGGUCGUACACUUCGGCUGAUGACGAUGUCUCGGCUCCUUAUUUUGCGAAUAUUGAGGAUGGUCUGGCGGCUUUGUACGGCGAUAAGACUCACGACAGCGACUGGCUCGAUAGCCAGGUCCUGACUGCCGGUCUGGUCGACUAUCGCCCCUCGUCGUAG